UGGGAGGCUAUUUAUAAAGGCGGGUGAGAUCAGCGGCCGGCCGAGGCUAUAAAUUCACAGGCCGCAGCCAGGCCCCACAGGAGCAGCCGCCCGGGGCACCGGAGCUGCGGGCUGCGCAGCCGGGAUGAGCGCGAGCACGGGCGGUGUUGGGGACGGCGGCAGCAGCGGCGGCGGCGGCGGUGGUGGCGGCGGCGGCGGCGGCGGCGGCGGCGGCGGCAGCAGCGGCGGCGGCAGCAGCAGCAGCAGCAGCAGCUCACAGGCCUCCUGCGGGCCCGAGUCCUCAGGCUCCGAACUAGCCCUGGCCAUGCCGGCGCCUCAGAUGCUGCAGGGGCUUCUGGGCUCUGACGAUGAGGAACAGGAAGACCCCAAGGAUUACUGCAAGGGCGGCUACUACCCUGUGAAGAUUGGUGACCUGUUCAAUGGGCGGUACCACGUGGUGCGCAAACUGGGCUGGGGCCACUUCUCCACUGUCUGGCUCUGCUGGGACAUCCAGCGCAAGCGCUUUGUGGCCCUGAAAGUGGUGAAGAGCGCAGGGCAUUACACGGAGACAGCUGUGGAUGAGAUCAAGCUCCUGAAAUGUGUCCGAGACAGCGACCCCAGUGACCCCAAAAGAGAGACCAUUGUCCAGCUCAUUGAUGACUUCAGGAUCUCAGGAGUCAAUGGAGUCCAUGUGUGUAUGGUGCUGGAGGUGCUGGGCCACCAGCUCCUCAAAUGGAUCAUCAAGUCCAACUACCAGGGCCUGCCCGUGCCCUGCGUGAAGAGCAUCGUGAGGCAGGUGCUGCAUGGCCUGGACUACCUCCAUACCAAGUGCAAGAUCAUCCACACGGACAUUAAGCCCGAGAACAUCCUGCUAUGUGUGGGGGACGCCUACAUCAGGCGCCUGGCUGCCGAGGCCACGGAGUGGCAACAGGCAGGGGCGCCACCCCCUUCCCGCUCCAUAGUCAGUACUGCCCCCCAGGAGGUCUUGCAGACCGGUAAGCUGUCCAAAAACAAGAGGAAGAAGAUGAGGCGCAAACGGAAACAGCAGAAGCGGCUGCUGGAGGAGCGGCUGCGGGACCUGCAGAGACUGGAGGCCAUGGAGGCCACGACCCAGGCUGAGGACUCUGGCUUGAGACUAGACGGGGGCAGCGGCUCCACCUCCUCUUCAGGUUGCCACCCCGAGGGCGCCAGAGCAGGUCCCUCCCCAGACUCUUCCUCCCCCGCCCCGGGGGAUGGUCGUAGCCUCAGCCCCGGCUCACAGACCUCAGGUUUCUCUGGCUCCCUCUUCUCUCCUGCCUCCUGCUCCAUCCUCUCCGGCUCAUCCAAUCAGCGAGAGACCGGGGGCCUCUUGUCACCUAGCACACCAUUCGGUGCCUCGAACCUCCUGGUGAACCCCCUGGAGCCCCAAAAUGCAGAUAAGAUCAAGAUCAAGAUCGCAGACCUGGGCAACGCCUGCUGGGUGCACAAGCACUUCACAGAGGACAUCCAGACUCGGCAGUACCGGGCCGUCGAGGUGCUGAUUGGCGCCGAAUAUGGCCCCCCAGCAGACAUCUGGAGCACAGCCUGCAUGGCCUUCGAGCUGGCCACUGGUGACUACCUGUUCGAGCCACAUUCUGGAGAAGACUACAGUCGUGAUGAGGACCACAUAGCUCACAUCGUGGAGCUUCUGGGGGACAUCCCCCCAGCCUUCGCCCUCUCAGGCCGCUAUUCCCGGGAGUUCUUCAACCGGAGAGGAGAGCUGCGGCACAUUCACAAUCUCAAGCACUGGGGCCUGUACGAGGUGCUCAUGGAAAAGUACGAGUGGCCCCUAGAGCAGGCCACGCAGUUCAGUGCCUUCCUGCUGCCCAUGAUGGAGUACAUCCCCGAAAAGCGGGCCAGUGCCGCUGACUGCCUCCAGCACCCCUGGCUCAACCCCUAGGCCCGGCCACGGCUCCACCUCCAGCUCUCCAUGCCUUGAGGGAAAAGCGGCACAGCUCUCACCACCCUUCUGGGCGCCAGCUGCCCACAACCGCAGGGCAGAAGAGACGCUGGAGCCAGGCCCGCUCUCAGAGCGUGUUCUGCCUGAGACCCCCAGGUGGGCCCUUGGAGAAAGUGUAUGUGUUCCUUUCUUAAUAAAGCGUGGACUGAACA